UGACAGCUUGGUUCCUGCGCGGAUGCUGGGGCUAUAGGCGUCGCGCUUUCGGCUCGUUGCGGCUCACAGGGAGGAGGACGCCCGGGCUCGCUUAUCCCUCCGCUGCCUCCGCCACUGCCAUGAUUCCAGUGUCGCUGGUGGUAGUGGUGGUGGGCGGCUGGACUGCCGUCUACCUGACCGACUUGGUACUGAAGUCAUCUGUGUAUUUUAAACAUUCCUAUGAAGACUGGCUGGAAAACAACGGACUGAGCAUCUCCCCUUUUCACAUAAGAUGGCAAACUGCUAUUUUCAAUCGUGCCUUUUACAGUUGGGGACGGCGGAAAGCAAGGAUGCUUUACCAGUGGUUCAAUUUUGGAAUGGUGUUUGGUGUAAUUGCCAUGUUCAGCUCUUUUUUCCUCCUCGGAAAAACGCUGAUGCAGACUUUGGCACAAAUGAUGGCUGACUCUCCCUCUUCUUCCUCUUCCUCUUCUUCUUCCUCCUCUUCUUCUGCUUCUUCCUCUUCGUCAUCUUCCUCUUCAUCCGCUUCCUCCUCCUCCUCACUUCACAAUGAGCAAGUGCUCCAAGUUGUGGUUCCCGGUAUAAAUUUACCUGUCAACCAACUGACCUAUUUCUUCGCUGCAGUUCUCAUUAGUGGUGUUGUACAUGAAAUUGGACAUGGGAUAGCCGCUAUUAGGGAACAAGUUCGAUUUAAUGGCUUUGGGAUUUUUCUCUUCGUUAUUUAUCCUGGAGCAUUUGUUGAUCUGUUCACUACUCAUUUGCAACUUAUAUCACCAGUCCAGCAACUAAGGAUAUUCUGUGCAGGUAUCUGGCAUAAUUUCGUCCUUGCACUCCUUGGUAUUUUAGCUCUUGUGCUCCUCCCUGUAAUUCUCUUGCCAUUUUACUACACUGGAGUCGGGGUGCUUAUCACGGAAGUUGCUGAGGACUCACCUGCCGUUGGACCCAGAGGCCUUUUUGUGGGAGACCUUGUCACCCAUCUACAGGAUUGUCCUGUUACUAAUGUACAAGAUUGGAAUGAAUGUCUAGAUACCAUCGCCUUUGAGCCCCAAAUUGGUUACUGUAUUAGUGCAUCAACCUUACAGCAGUUAAGCUUCCCAGUUAGAGCAUACAAACGGCUAGAUGGUUCGACCGAAUGUUGUAACAAUCACAGCCUCACGGAUGUGUGCUUUUCCUACAGAAAUAACUUUAAUAAGCGUUUGCACACAUGCUUACCUGCCCGGAAAGCAGUUGAAGCCACGCAAGUUUGUAGAACCAAUAAAGAUUGUAAAAAAAGUUCAAGUUCAAGUUUCUGUAUAAUACCUUCUUUGGAAACUCAUACUCGCUUAAUAAAAGUGAAACAUCCACCUCAAAUUGAUAUGUUGUAUGUAGGCCAUCCACUGCACCUUCACUACACAGUGAGCAUCACCAGUUUUAUCCCACGUUUCAACUUUCUAAGCAUAGAUCUGCCUGUGGUUGUGGAGACAUUUGUCAAGUACCUGAUUUCUCUCUCAGGAGCUCUGGCUAUUGUUAAUGCAGUGCCCUGCUUUGCCUUGGAUGGUCAGUGGAUUUUAAACUCUUUCCUAGAUGCUACCCUUACCUCAGUGAUUGGAGACAAUGACAUCAAAGAUCUGAUAGGAUUUUUCAUCUUGCUUGGUGGUAGUGUACUUCUGGCUGCCAACGUGACCCUGGGACUCUGGAUGGUUACAGCACGGUAAUGUUUGCAUUCAUCUUGCAGAAUGAUACUUUAUAUGAAAGAGAAAGCAUUUCCUUAAAAUUACAUUUUAACCAACAACUUUAAGCUCCUCCUGUAUCAGAAUAUCCAAACUCUGGAAUGGGGGAUAAACAGAAGAAAUGAAAGGCAUAGUCCCUGACCACAUCCUACUUUUAAAGACUGAACUUAACAAAUUUCAGAUGCUUGUGAAACAAUUUCUAAACAAGUGAAAAUUCAUAUUAAACCAUUCUGUGUGACUAUAUAUCAUACUGCAGUAGUGUAAAGGAGAAGAGAAUUGGUUGGAAUUAAUUGGGGCAAACUAUCUGAAAAAGCAUCAUUAACCCAGAUUUGAAGAAGACCAGACUCUGGCCAACUGGAAGGGUGAGCAUUUCCUUGGCCUACCUCUCUUGUCUUCUUUCUUAGUUUGAAAAGUAUUUUAAGAUUUAUUGAUAGAUUAUUUUGUACUCUGACAACUGAGGUCUGAUUACAAUUAAUAAAAUUCUAUAAAAGCAUCUGCUGACAUGAAAGGGAAAAUCUUUGUUAAAUGAUACCAAAUAAGGGAACAAAGUAGGAGGUAGGGCUUACAAUGACACAUGCUUUGCCCUACAAGAGUUGCCUCUUUGAUAAAAUGUCCCCGUACGUACCCUCAUAAAGCAGCACUGUGUUCUGACAUUCAGAGUGAGCUACAAGAAGUAUCUUCCACUUGCAGCAUGUGAGCUGAGAAAGUUAAAGUUAAGUGUCAGAACUGAGCCUGGUCUUCUAACAGAUCACGAGACAGAUCUGCUGCAGUCCUGGUUACUAUUCUCCACAAAGCUUUGAAGCUCAGAACCCUUUCAGGGUAGACGUUUUCUCUUGUGCUGCUGGGGUUAUCUGGGGCCUAGGUCCUGGGUUCCUGCUUUCAAGGAGCAACUACCGUAAGCUCUCAACCAUACUCUGUCCUCACCAGCAGCUUCCAUGUUUCUCUUUAUUGACUGUAAACACCCAGUCCUUGCUUUCCAUCUUUCUCCUAAGCUACCUCUAUGGGUCCACGGAAGACUUGGUAGUACAGUGAGAAUGGCUACACAUGAGUACAGAUGUGGAUUUGCCAGAGCCUGGGAACUGACUCUUGAGCCCAAAAGAGCCCUGAGUAGUUCAAGGUCUUUUGGACUGGAGCUGGAACCCUGGAAGACCCAGGAAGUCAACAGGCCACUGUGAAACUCUUGGUCUUCUAAGUGUCUGAGCGUACUGUUCUUUGUUGAAAAAUACGUGCUUCCUUCAUACACUCAAGAACAUUAACAACUGUGUACCCAACUUUUUCACUAAGUGAGGCAUUCCAUGGGGUUCACCUUUUUAUGAUUAUUGAGCUGCUCUUCAGCAAUAAAGGUUUUUAAUUUUUAAGAAGUUCUUUAGACUGUAUUGCAAAUUUGCCUGCCUUCUUAAAUAGAAAUUAUUUAUUGAGUAUACUGUUAAGAUUUUAUGAAUGACUUGAUGUCAUCAGUUAUUACCACUACUAAAAUCAUACAAGUUAUUCUUUUAUCCCAGGAAAAAGGUGGUUGUUGUAUUCUUAGGUAGAUAGUCAUUCAGGAUUAAAGUCUGUUAGCAGAGAGCUCAGACCUGUUUAGAUAGUAGAACUUGGAGAAUACCAUGAAAUACUUGCAUAAUUAAUUUGAUAACAUGAACUAUGCAGUUUACUAAUGAACAUGUUGUAUAUGUGCAGGUCAGUUUUUUAAAACAAAAAAAUUUUAAUAGAGGAAAUCCUACCCAUUAACUUCUUUUUCUGGGUGGGAAAAAAAAACAACAGCUACAACCAAACACCUCAUUUUCUUGUAGCAUUUGAACAUCUUGGUCUCUUGCUCUAUAGGGUCGGGAUUUGAGAACCACUCUUAUUAGGAUAAUGAGCAAAUCAGUUGCAUUUGCAUAGAAAUGGCCUCAUCGUGUAAGAAAGGAAAUAUUAUCUGUUGUCUCUUCAGCUUGAUUGUGGGCACUUCUAGAGCAAGAACCAUGCCAUACUCGGCUUUGCAUCCCUGGCACAGUGCAUGAGACAUCAUAAAUACUUAAUAAACGUGGUCGAAUGAAUGAUGAAUACUGGUAUUUAUGGAUUAGAAAAGCAUGUUUCUAUUUAAGUAAGCUAUGAAUAGUAUUAUUGAAUAUUUACUGUAAAUAUAUGUUAACAACAAAAUAACUUGGAAGGUCUUUGUGUCCCUAGUAUAUUAUCAUCUUUAUGAAAAUAACCCAUUUUGGUUAAUGUAGAACAAUUAGAAAAAUGAAUUACUUUGAGGAUUUGAAAAAAAUGUGCUUUCUGUGUUGUCACGUUGUUCAACAGUACUUUAUUUUCAGUGUUCUACUCUACAUUGUUUACAUUUUCCACAGUUUUUUAAAUCACCUACAAUGUGUAAAGAAUGUAUAUAUUCUUUUCAUCUCAGUUGGAAAAGACAUGGUUUAAACUUGACCUUUUGAUAAUCAUUCUUAUAGGGUCAUUGUCAUCUAUUCUAACAGCAAAUUUUAAACAGGCACUUCAUGGAUACAUGGCUCUCCAUCAUCAGUUUGUCCUGUGGUAUUUAUUGAAUGUCCACAUACUAAUUAAUGGUGCACAGGUAUUUUUUUCUACGGAUCUUUCUUUCAACUAUGCUGUAAUUCAUUCUUAGUAUUCAAGUUGAAGAUACCAUAGCCACUGGCAUUUGAUGUUUAGCAAUAAAAGAAUAAAUGUGUACCAGCA